CGCCACCGGCCACUCUGGUGUGUUGCCUCCUUUAUUUACCUGUUGUCACAAAAGGUACAGUGUGCGGCUGUGCGGCAAAGGAGUCAGAAUUAAUAGGUUAUGAUAAAUAAUUGCAAAUACAGUAAAUACGUUUCUUUAUUUUUAUGAGAAAAUGAAUAUAGAUCCAGAAAACAAAUGUGUAUUGAAUCGUAAAGUCCACAUAAAGUAUUUAUUACGUUUUUUGGAAGGUUUGCCAUCGGAAUUUACUUCUUGUGAUACUACCAGAAUAACAAUUGCAUACUUUAUCAUAUCCAGCUUAGAUAUUUUAAAUUCUCUAAACCUUGUUGAUGCGGAACGCCGUAAUCAUAUAAUCGAAUGGAUCUAUUCGUUACAAGUGGUGAAUGACGAAGAUUUAGUUAGUGGCUUUCAAGGAUCUUCCACGGUAAACACGUUAUUUAAUAGAAAUUCAAAUUCUUUGUAUAAAUGGAGCCAUUUAGCAGGUACUUAUUGUGGACUUUGUUCUUUAAUAAUACUAGGAGAUGAUUUAAGUAAAGUCAAUAGAGGAGCAAUUAUUAAAAUUGUACAUGUAGGUUUAAAAUCUCUGCAACUGACAGAUGGUUGCUUUACCGGUGCUAAAUCUGGUACUGAAAAUGAUAUGAGAUUUUUAUUUAUGGCUGCAAGCAUUUGUUACAUUUUGAAUGAUUGGUCUGCCAUUGACGCUACCAAAGCAAUUGGUUUCAUCAAAAAUAGUAUUUCAUAUGAUUAUGGGAUAGGUCAAGGCCCGGAGCUCGAAUCACAUGGUGGAUCAUCAUACUGCGCAGUAGCAACCUUAUGUCUCAUUAAUAAGUUGAAUGUACUUUCCACUAUGCAAAUUGAAGGUUUACGACGAUGGUUGCUGAAUCGACAGGUUACCGGAUUUCAAGGGAGGCCUAAUAAACCAAUCGACACUUGUUAUUCUUUUUGGGUUGGGGCUGCACUUAAAAUGUUGAAUGCAUUUCAAUAUUCCAAUUAUGAAGAUAAUCGUGGUUUUAUAUUAGCUACACAAAAUAAUAUUGUUGGAGGUUUUUCAAAAUGGGUAAACACCCAUUCAGAUCCAUUACACACAUAUUUAGGGCUGGCAGGUCUAAGUUUAAUAGGUGAAAAAGGUUUAAAUGAUAUUGUACCAUCUCUUAAUAUUACGUAUCGAGCUUUGGAACAUUUAAGGCAUAUACAGCUACAGUGGACGUAGUAUUAUCUAUAUUGUAUUUUUUAUUAUAAAUUUUAAACUAUGUACUUGUAAAACUCAAGUAAGAACUGUCUUAUGGAGGUAUUUUUUGUUUUAUUCUGCAAUAAUUUUGUGAAAUGGUCAAAUGUGUUUAGGGAAGGAUCAUGUACCAAAACUAAUGCAAAACAUUGUAUCACAAAUUUCAAAUUUGGUAUAGUAUAUUAAUUUGUUAUACAAGAAGUAACGUAUACUAGCACCAAAACUGUCUUGCUUUUUGACAGUAAGGUACAUCUAAGUAACACUGGAUAUGAUGGAAGGAACCAGACAUUAUCGAUUAUGUAAACUUUUUGUAUUUGGGGCUUUUUAAACAUGAACAUAAUGCAGUGUAUAGUUCUAAUUUUUCAAUUUUGAAGUUUUAUUUUUAUUACAAGUGGCAGUACUGGGUCUAUAUAUAAUGUAUAAUAAUUUGUUUGAUUGUUUGAAACGUGAACUGUGUAGAUAAGUACCUACAGCAUAACAAAGUUGAUCCAUCUCAUGCGAUAUUCGAUCAGUUAGAAUAAAAAGAAUAGUUUUUUA